UCUUUGUAACUUUUAUUACACUUCAUGAAAGAACGAUUAGACUCGUGCAUCAAGGAGUGGAAGGCAUGAAGACGAACAACAACGAUGAACAACGCAAAACGCUGCCGUUUCCUGGAAAAUACAUCCUGAAAUCUACUGUUUUCAUCGUUGCUUCUCUCUUCAUAUCAGCUGCUCUCUUGGGUUUCCUUGGCUAUCUAAACUUUAAUGCUUUCGCAGGUUUCAAACUAAUACCAAAGAGAUUUAAACCUAGGUUCCCUUACCAAUGCGACGUUCAGGAUCAAACACAUCAGAUUCAUUUCUCUCAGAAUCUCACAUCGAGAUUACAUCCCAACCGUUCACAACCAUCGUCUUGUCCUUCUUACUUCCGCUGGAUCCACGAAGACUUACGACCGUGGAAAGCAACAGGAAUAACUAGAGACAUGGUUGAGAAAGCCAGCAAAACAGCGCAUUUUAGACUAGUGAUCCACCGCGGCAAGGCGUACGUUAAGAGAUACAGAAAGUCAAUUCAAACGAGAGAUGAUUUUACUCUGUGGGGAAUCCUACAGUUGUUACGGUGGUACCCGGGGAAAUUGCCUGAUCUCGACCUUAUGUUCGACGCUGACGAUCGUCCUGUCGUCCGAUCUGAUGACUAUACAGGUCAACAAAACAAGGAUCCACCUCCACUGUUUCGUUACUGCUCUGAUGAUGCUAGCUUGGAUAUUGUCUUCCCUGAUUGGUCAUUUUGGGGCUGGGCUGAAGUAAACAUAAAACCAUGGGGGAAGUCGCUAGAGGCAAUACAAGAAGGGAACAAUAUAACGCAAUGGAAGGACCGCGUGGCGUACGCUUAUUGGAGAGGUAAUCCUUAUGUGGACCCUACAAGAGGAGAGCUUCUGAAGUGUAACGUUUCGGAAAAUGAAGAAUGGAACACUCGUCUCUAUGUUCAGGACUGGGAUAAAGAAACGAAAGAAGGGUUCAAGAACUCAAAUCUAGAGAACCAGUGCACCCACAGAUACAAGAUAUAUAUAGAAGGAUGGGCAUGGUCGGUUAGUGAGAAGUAUAUAAUGGCAUGUGAUUCCAUGACAUUAUACGUGAAACCAAGGUUCUACGACUUUUACAUACGAGGAAUGAUGCCACUGCAACACUACUGGCCAAUCAGAGACGACGCCAAGUGUACUUCUCUCAAAUUCGCCGUACAUUGGGGCAAUACCCACGUGGACAAGGCUCGUGAGAUUGGAGAGCUAGGGAGUAGGUUUAUAAGAGAGGAGGUGAACAUGAAGUAUGUGUAUGACUAUAUGUUUCAUUUGCUCAAUGAGUAUGCAAAGCUCUUGAAAUUUAAGGUAAAUGUUCCUUCGGAUGCGGAGGAGAUCACGCCGGAGAGUUUGGGAUGUGCGGCGACAGAAAGGUGGAGAGAUUUCAUGGCGGAGUCUAUGGUGAUGUCUCCAAGUGAAGAGUUUCCUUGUGACAUGGUUCCUCCUUAUGACCGUCUGGCUUUAAAAGAGGUCACUGAGAGAAAAGCUAAUUUAACACGUCAAGUUGAGUUGUGGGAGGACCAAUAUUUUCAUGAUUUGGCCAACAAACCUUAAUUUAUACAAAGGUUUUAAUAUUAGUA